CCUGGGCCCCAGCGGUGGGAAUCCGCCCCAGGAGGGUUUUCCCCUCUUGCUGCAGGAGGAGCAUGAAGAGGAAGGCCAUGUUCACCUGUCCCUUCAGCGGGGACUGCCACAUCACCAAGGACAACCGGCGGCACUGCCAGGCCUGCCGGCUGAAGCGCUGCCUGGACAUCGGCAUGAUGAAGGAGUUCAUCCUGACGGACGAGGAGGUGCAGAGGAAGCGGGAGAUGAUCCUGAAGAGGAAGGAGGAGGAGGCGCUGAAGGAAAGCCUCAAGCCCAAACUCUCGGAGGAGCAGCAGAAAGUCAUCGACGUCCUGCUCGAGGCCCAUCGCAAAACCUACGACCCCACCUACGCCGACUUCACCAAAUUCCGGCCCCCCGUGAGGAGCAACCCCAGCAGCAGAGGGGCCCCGAAAUCCUCGUCCCUCCUCACCCAGGACCUGUCCUCGGAGGAUUCCUCGGAUCUCUUCGGCUUCAGCACGUUCCCAGACUCGGCGGAGCCGGCGCCGUUCCCCGGGCUGGAGGAGCAGGACGAGAGCUCCUCCAUGAACCUGGAGUUCUCUCAGCUCUCCAUGCUGCCACACCUGGCUGACCUGGUCAGCUACAGCAUCCAGAAGGUGAUCGGCUUUGCCAAGAUGAUCCCGGGGUUCAGGGAUCUGUCUGCAGAGGACCAGAUCGUGCUGCUCAAGUGCAGCGCCAUCGAGGUGAUCAUGCUGCGCUCCAACCAGUCCUUCACCCUCGAGGACAUGUCCUGGACCUGCGGCAGCAGCGACUUCAAGUACAGGGUCAGCGAUGUCACCCAGGCCGGGCACAGCAUGGACCUGCUGGAGCCGCUGGUGAAAUUCCAGGUGGGGCUCAAGAAGCUGAACCUGCACGAGGAGGAGCACGUGCUGCUCAUGGCCAUCUGCAUCCUGUCCCCAGGUAGGGACAAACCCUGAGAACCCACAGAAGGGAAGGAGAAAACCCCAAAUCCUGAAAAAGCCACAAAAGGUGGGGGGGAAAUCCCCCAAGCACGGCUGGCCCUAAAAAGGGACAAAAAGGAGGGAAUCGCCCCAAACCCUAAAGAGAGAUGAAAGGGAGGGAAUCAGCUCAAACCCCACACAAGGGAGGGAAUCACACCAAGCCCCCAAAUCCCACGAGAGGGAGAGAAUCACCCCAAACCCCCAAA